GCAUGUACACAUCUUUCAUAUUUAUCACAAAUAAAUUAAGAUGUUUCAGUGUUAGACACAAAAAUGCAUAAGAAAACAACUGAAGCAUAUUUCUAUUGGCGGAGGCCAAACCAAGUGGUGCAAGAAUUCAACUUCUCUGAACUCGAGGAACGUUUUUGAAGCCUUAAAAUUUGGAGUUGGAGCUGCACUGCACUCGUGUGCAUCCACCAUCUGACUUUGACUGCAUUAGUUAUUUAACCUCUUUCUCUUCUCCUUUCUCAUUCUAUUUUCAUUCCUUCCCCACUUUCCACUGUUUUUCUCUGGAUUCUACAAGCUGUGAUACACGACUCCUUUUUGCUUCGAUUCUUGAGUCGGAUCUCGCGCUUUUUAUUUUUUGCCAAUUGGAACACAGAAACUGCCAACUGCCUGUUUAUGUUUGCAGUAACAUUGACUUGAUUGCUUUUGCCAAGCUUUGAUCUCAGUUUCUUUUCAUUCUCUUAUGAACUAUCACAAUGGAAGUUUCCAGUCCCAAAGAUAGUUCGGUAGCUUCAAGUCCUUUUUCUUCACCCAAUGUCAGUGCCCUGCUCAAGAUUAGGAUUAUUUCAUGGAUCCAAGAAACUGGGCUGCCUGUUUCUAUGCGUGUUCGAGUUGGUGAAAGAACCUUCAGCCUGCAUAAGUACCCAUUGUUUUCAAAGAGUGGAUUCAUUCAGAAGAGAUUGACUGAAUCAAACGAGCUUGAGCUACCACCAGAUUUCCCUGGAGGACCGGAAACAUUUGAGAUGAUUGCAUUAUUCAUCUAUGGCUCCACGACGCUGAUUGAUCCUUUUAAUGUAGCAGCCCUGAGAUGCGCUGCAGAAUUUCUUGAAAUGACAGAAGAAUACUGCAUCGGCAACCUCUGUGAGCGUUUGGAUCUCUAUUUGAACCAAGUGGUUUUACAGAGUUGGGAUGACACGCUGAUUGUUCUCCAGAAAUGCCAAAUGUUACUUCCCUGGUCCGAGGAGCUAAUUGUGAGCCGCUGCAUUGAGUCCCUGGCCUUCAUGGCCUGCAUGGAGAUUCUUGAUCCAGAGGGGAGAAGGGACCAACCAGUAGUUACAUUAGAGGCAUUGGCUGGUGAAGCUUGGAGCUGUGAAACCGUGAAAGCAAUCGCAAUCAAGGACCUAUGGAUCAAAGAUCUCAUAGCUCUACCAUUUGGAUUCUUCAAAAGGAUAAUUGGAUCCUUAAGAAGGCAAGGAAUGAAAGAAAAAUAUGUGAGUCCAAUCAUUGUCUUCUACGCAAAUAAAUGGGUGCUCUCCAAGAAGACACGCCAAUUUUGGGAGAACUCGGGUGAGAAAAUUGGAGACAUUGACACAAACAACAAGGUUUCUGUCAUUUUACAAGGGAUUCUAGAUUUACUGCCCAUUGGAGAGAAGGCUAGUAGGGCUAUUCCUGUUGGUUUUUACUUUGCUUUGCUUUCUAGAUCCUUAGAAUUUGGUUUGAGAAGCGACAGCAGGGUGAAAUUGCAAGAUCAGAUUGCAUCUAUGUUACACUAUGCCCAAGUGGAAGAUUUUCUCCUUCCAGCGGUUGGAACAGAGUCCGUUUCUUCAAGCAAGGAGUUGGCAAUAAUGAAGAGCAUAUUUUCAACCUAUGCAUCAUUUAACACGGACACCAACCCUACUCCUUCAGCAAGCAACUCGAUUGUUGCAGAAUUAUGGGACACAUACCUAGCUCAAACAGCUUCUGAUCCAGAAAUGGAGCCUAACAGGUUCAUGGAACUCGUUGAAUUAUUACCAAUAUCUUGCAGACAGAGUCAUGAUCAGCUUUAUAGAACAAUGAAUAGCUUCCUACAGGCACAUAGAGAUAUAACUCAAGAAGAGAAGGGAUCAGUCUGCAAAUACCUCAACUGCCAAAAACUUUCACAAGAGGCAUGCAUUGAAGCCGUUCAAAAUGAGCUGAUGCCAUUGCGUUUGAUUGUCCAGGCUCUUUUUGUUCAACAGCUCAAUACCCAUCAAGCUUUUAGAGAAUGCUCGGACUCUUUUAGGUUCACAGGACAGUUCUCCGGAAGCCUAUCCAGCUCAAGGUGUCCAAACUCAAGAAGCCUAAAUCUAGGAGAAAGCCCAAACACGGAUGGAGCAAAGCCAGAAAGCAAGCCUUUGAGCUUCUUGCUACAAAAUGACCUUGCAAUGGAGAAGAGAUACGAAUCAACAAGCUUCAGACUCCAGAGCCUUGAACAAGAGCUCAUGUCCUUGAAGAAGAGCCUUCAAUGGCACAUGUCAAAGAAAACAGAUUCAAAUCCGAACAAAUCGCAGAGUAUGAAACCUUAUGGUUUGGAGAGUAGAUCACUAAGCAAGAGAAGGAACCCUCUUGGACAAGUAACAAGCUGCAUGGGUUCUGUCAAUUUUGCUUCACAAAGAAAGUAUGCUAGUAGGCUAAUUAAGAUCUUUCGUAGAUUUUCAUUGUUUGGAAUAAGAAAAUCAAAGAGAAAGCAAGGAACUAAUGGCCUCUCGGCCAAAACAAUCUAGCAGAUUAAGAUGUAUGGAAAAAACCUCAGUAUAUGCAAUUCAAUACCAUUUUGUUCAUUAUGGCCA